CUACUCCGUAUAUCGUGGCGGCCGCAUCGAAGCCACGAAGGACAGUGCUCGUGUUCCAUCCUAGCUUCAGUGUUGCUUUGUCUCCAGUGCUCACACCAUUUGUGUUUGAAUACCGCGUAUAUCAAAUAUCCGGUAUAAGGCACCUGGCCCUAUCUUGCGAUGGGGGACGGAGCGAGGAAGUAUGGACUUUGGCAAGACAUCCUGCUCAUCGCGCUCUCGAGCUUCUCAGCAUACUAUGUCGCGAAGAGCGUGAUAUCAAGCCUUCACUUUGGGAGCGAUCCGGAGAAAGAGCAGCAUGAACAAGCACGCAUCAAAGCUGCCGCUAAUCUACGAAGAUUAAAUAAAUCACUCGACGAUCCUAGCCAGCAGCAUGAUCCGGAUAGGAGGGACGGUAACGCAUCGCGAACGCGGAAAGAAGAGUUGGUAUUGGAUCAAUAUGAAAAUCAAAUAGCAAUGGAAGUCGUUGCCCCCGAGGACAUACCCGUUGGUUUCGAUGAUAUUGGGGGGUUGGACGAUAUCAUCGAAGAACUCAAAGAAUCGGUUAUAUAUCCCCUGACUAUGCCUCACUUAUACUCUCACUCGUCACCUCUUCUUGCCGCGCCGUCCGGUGUGCUUCUAUACGGCCCUCCUGGAUGCGGCAAAACCAUGCUUGCAAAGGCACUGGCGCACGAGAGUGGAGCAUGUUUUAUCAAUCUACAUAUUUCAACCUUGACGGAAAAGUGGUAUGGUGAUUCGAAUAAGUUGGUCCGGGCGGUGUUCUCCUUGGCACGGAAACUGCAACCAAGCAUCGUUUUCAUCGACGAAAUAGACGCUGUGCUUGGGCAAAGACGGAGCGGAGAACAUGAGGCGAGUGGUAUGGUGAAGGCGGAAUUUAUGACGCUCUGGGACGGUCUUACCUCCUCGAACGAGGCAGGACUUCCUGCCCGCAUUCUGGUUCUUGGCGCCACGAACAGAAUACAAGACAUCGACGAAGCCAUUUUGCGGAGAAUGCCGAAGAAGUUCCCAGUUUCACUGCCCUCCAAAUCGCAACGACGACGUAUCUUGAAACUUAUCCUGAAAGACACAAAGAUUGAUCAAGAUCAGUUCGAUAUCGAAUACCUUACGCAGGUUAUGGCAGGCAUGUCAGGUAGCGAUAUCAAGGAAGCAUGUAGAGAUGCAGCUAUGGUCCCUGUCCGAGAGUUCAUCAGAGCGCAACGCGAGCGAGGGGUCUCCAUGGCUGGCGUGCAGGCUGAAUCUGUUCGUGGGAUAAGAACAGAAGAUUUCUUUGGAAGGAAAGGAGGUGUGCAGGUGGUGAGGGACACCACGGCGCAAGACUCCAGUGAGCGCUCUGAACAGCAGAUUAAUGCAGGCUCUAGCGAUGAAUACGAGGACGUUGAAGACAGCGAGCCUUCGGCAGCUUCGCUGGGUUAGUUAUAAUUGUAGGUUAUAGGCGUUUUCUGGAGGGGUGGGUGCAUAGCGUAGAGAGAGAGAGAGCAGGGAAGAUCUAAAGUUGCGG